CUUGGGAUAAAAACUUGGAUUUCUGGUAUCAAAGAGAGCCAAUGACUGAAUACUAUUAUUCUUACAAACAAGAAUAUGUUCGAAAAUAAAUUAUGACUCAAAAUGUCAUUUCGAUGUCAGUUCUCCUUUUUGGAUGACGUUUAAGCGAUGUCAACCCUUUAUCUUGCUUUUUAUUUUACUAUGCAACUUUAUCCCCUUGUCGUUAGUUGGAAUAGGGAAUGAAAUCAAGAGUGAAGGAGAGAAAGGAAAAAAAAAAAAUAAAAAAGAAAAAGAAGGUGAAUUGAUCCGCUAUCAGGGCCUCCUCUGUUUCUCUUUCCUCUUUCUCUCUCUUUCAUCCCUAAAGAAACAGGCCAUUUUUUUUCAAAGCGUCUAUUUUUUUAGCCGGAGCUCAAUCCGAUUUUAUCCAGGCAUUAAUAAGAUUUGGUGAGCGAGAACUGAGUUUCUUUUUUUUUCUCUCUACUUUUUAUUUUAAAAUAUGCCUUCGAUUGUAUUAACACCUGAACAAGAAAAGACAAGACAAAACAUUUACUGGACAAGUGGUUUAAAGGGUGCUGCUAUCGGCCUUGGUCUUGGUGCUGUAGCUACUGUCUUUACUUUACGCCGAUCGCCUGAAUUCAGAUCACUUAGUCGACCUCUUCAGUCUAUCUUGGCUGCUUCCAGCUCAACCGCUGGUUUCCUUUUUGCUUCUGAUUCUGCCGUCACACAUUAUGAAAACAGAGAAUUAGGCUAUACAGAUGAAACAAUGCUACAAUCAUUGAUGCAUAAACGCCAGGAUGAGACAAAUAUGUCUGCCUUUGAUCGAUCAUUACAUUACUUGAAUCAAAACAGAUGGACAUUUAUUGGUCUCUCAUGGGCUGUGUCCAUGGCGGGUGCACUCGGAUAUAGUUUCUCCAACAAAUACUUGACUACACAACAAAAGGUCGUUCAAGCUCGUAUGUAUGCUCAAGCAGUAACAAUUGCUGUCUUGAUGGCAUCGGCUGGUAUUUCCAUUUAUGUGGGUGAGGAUGAAAAGAACAAGAAGGAAGCACCCGAUCCACAAUUGAGAGCUGUUCUUGAACUUCCUUAUACCGAUGCUAAAAAGCCUGACAUGGCUAAAUCCUCUUAGAUAUAAACUUGCCUAGAUAAUAAUAAACUGUAUGUGUAAUUGUGAUGUGUGUGUAUAUGCAAUGUAAUUAUCUUUAUGUCAAGGGUUCAUUGUCUACCAAUGAAAUCUUGCCCUCUGCAAUCUAAAUAAAGACAUGAUUGUAUCAAUCAAUGUCAAUAUUGAAUAUGUAAAAAGCUAUUCAAAAGAAAUUUGUUAUCAGUCAUAAAAAAGAGACAGCAUUGCUCCUUUCACAUAAGGA